CUCGUUUCUUGCUCUGCUCAGACUUGGUUAUCGCAAGUCGAGCAGCUUUACGUUGCUCUGACUGCUUUCCGCUGCCUCGUGUGCUCCCAUAGUUUCCUCCAGAUUUGUCAGUUUUACCAGUACUAGCAUUUAAGUCGCUUAUAGUUUCAUUAGUCCCUUAUUUAAAGCUCGCGAGGCAUGGAUGUCGACGCGGAUGGCGAGCAGCCAAGGAUAGCUCCUGCGUACACCCCGUGUUCCUUUAAUGGCGAGUCGCCUGGCCCUAGAUGCGGUCAUACGCUCACAGCUGUCGCUGCCGUCGGCGAGCCGGGAAGCGCGAACUACGUGGGUCCUAGGUUGAUACUUUUCGGCGGAGCGACGGCUCUCGAAGGCGGAGCAGGCGCUUCUGCAGGCGGCGCUGCAGGCAUUCGUCUGGCGGGAGCAACCGCAGAUGUUCACUGCUUCGACGUCAAAUCCAGAACAUGGAGCAAAAUGUCGCCAGUCGGCGAGCCUCCCUCGCCGCGAGCAGCCCACGCGGCGACAGCUGUGGGGACGAUGAUCGUCAUUCAGGGUGGCAUUGGGCCCGCCGGCCUGGCAACGGACGACCUGCACGUCCUCGACCUCACACAAGCGCGCCCCAAAUGGCACAGGGUGGUGGUGCAGGGCGCGGGUCCAGGGCCGCGCUACGGCCAUGUCAUGGCGCUCGUGGGGCAGCGCUUCCUGCUCUCCAUCAGUGGCAACGACGGCAAGCGGCCUCUGGCGGACGUGUGGACUUUGGACACGGCGGCGAAGCCGUACGAGUGGAAGAAGCUGGAGCCCGAGGGCGAGGGCCCUCCGCCCUGCAUGUACGCCACCGCCAGCGCACGGCAUGACGGGCUGCUGCUGCUAUGCGGCGGGCGAGACGGCAGCAGCGUGCCUCUGCCAGGCGCGUAUGGCUUGGCGCGGCACCGGGAUGGGCGGUGGGAGUGGGCCAUCGCCCCUGGCGUGUCUCCCUCGGCGCGCUACCAGCACGCAGCAGUGUUUGUGAAUCUGCGUCUGCACGUGUCUGGGGGAGCUCUGGGAGGCGGCCGCAUGGUGGAAGAUGCAUCCAGUGUGGCGGUGUUGGACACGGCAGCGGGCGUGUGGUGCGACCGCAAGGGCACGGUGGCUGUGGCACGGACGGGCCGCUUCAGUGCGGAUGCUCCCGGGGGCGAUGCGAGCACGGAGCUCACGCGGCGGUGCCGCCACGCCGCUGCUGCCAUGGGCAACUCCAUCUUCAUCUACGGCGGGCUGAGAGGGGGCAUUCUCCUGGACGAUCUGCUCAUAGCAGACGACUCGCCUCCAGAGCCCCCGCCUCUGCCGCCCCCGUCCGCCAAGCCAGAGGGCGUGGCCAACCGCAGGCCGCCUGUGCCUCCCCGCUCCGGCAGCAAAGGGGGGCGGGGUGAGGGGGCUGGGGCGUCUGCUGCAGCUUCCUCCGGGGAUAGGGAGUCCAAUGGCGGGGCGCAUGCUAGAGACCACCUCAGCAGUGUGGAGGAGGAGGGCGCAGGGGGGCUGUCGUUUGGCGGCGCGCGCAGCGGCAGCAGCAGCCGGGACGAGGACGACCUGGGGGGCAGCGAUGGGGAGGGCGACGCGGACGACAGCAGCAGCGACGGCAUCCACCCCAGCACGCCCAGCCUCGCCAGCAGCCACAGCGACGACGGCAGGAGCGAGACGCCCGACUUCAAGGGGGGCGUGCGCCUGCACCACCGAGCUGUGGUGGUGUCAGCAGACCCAGGGGGCGGCAGCCUGGGCGGGCUGGUGCGGCAGCUGUCCAUCGAGCACUUUGAGAACGAGGGCCGCCGCAUCAGCUACAGCCCCGAGGGCGUGCAGGCGCACAGGCGGCUGCUGGACCGCCAGAUGUCUAUCCAGGGCGUGCACAAGAAGGUGCUGCAAACGCUAUUGAAGCCGCGGGGGUGGAAGCCGUCGGCGAGUCGGCAGUUCUUUCUGGACGUGCACGGAGUGGUGGAGCUCUGCGACCUCGCUGAGACGCACUUCAAGAACGAGCCGUCCGUGCUGCAGGUGCGUGCCCCAGUGAAGAUCUUUGGCGAUCUGCACGGGCAGUUUGGCGACCUCAUGCGGCUCUUUGACGAGUAUGGCUCGCCCUCCACUGCCGGCGACAUCGCCUACAUCGACUAUCUCUUCCUGGGCGACUACGUGGACAGGGGCCAGCACAGCCUGGAAACGAUCAUCCUCUUGCUGGCACUCAAGAUCGAGUACCCACGUAACGUGCAUCUAAUCCGCGGUAACCACGAGGCGGCGGACAUCAAUGCCCUGUUCGGCUUCCGAAUAGAGUGCAUCGAGCGCAUGGGCGAGGAGGGCGGCAUCUGGGCGUGGCACCGCAUCAACCAGCUCUUCAACUGGCUGCCGCUGGCCGCGCUCAUCGAGCACAAGAUCCUCUGCAUGCACGGCGGCAUUGGGCGCUCCAUCGCCCACGUCAGCCAGAUUGAGGAGCUCAAGAGGCCCAUCACCAUGGAGGCUGGAUCCAUGGUGCUCAUGGACCUGCUGUGGUCCGACCCCACAGAGAACGACAGCAUAGAGGGCCUUCAGCCCAACGCCAGGGGACCAGGCCUCGUCACUUUCGGGCCCGACCGAGUGAUGGAGUUCUGCCACGCCAACGACCUGCAGCUCAUCAUUCGCGCGCACGAGUGCGUCAUGGACGGCUUCGAGCGCUUCGCAGGGGGGCACCUCAUCACACUCUUCUCCGCCACCAACUACUGUGGCACGGCGAACAACGCGGGGGCCAUCCUGGUGUUGGGGCGCGACCUGGUGGUGUUCCCCAAGAUGAUCCACCCGCUGCCGCCCACCGGCAACCCGGCCAACCCGUCCGAUGAUCAGGACGACACGUGGAUGCAGGAGCUCAACUCUCAACGACCACCCACGCCCACGAGGGGCCGACCGCAGCCAUCCAGUGACCGCAACUCCCUUGCUUUCAUCUAGUCGCCAUGCCACUCCAUGCCACACCCAGGCGACUCAAACGCGACUCUUCAGUGCCCUCACACACUGCCAAGCGCCAGCAUACUGUGUCGCUUGCUGCUUCUGCUGCCAUCACCACCCCUGGUGGACACGUCACCUCCCCCCCACCCACCCGCCCUCCUCCCCAUUGCUGCUGACCAGCACUGCCCUUCCCCAGCCCUGACUUGCUGUCCAAUCCAAUGGCUUACACUCCGUAAUACAACUGGCCUUUUCUCCUUGUACUGGUAGUUCAAGUAAUAUUUUAUUGGCCCCUGCUGCUGCCACUGCGCCUGUCUAGGCUACUGUGUUUCAGCAAAGGAAUGCACUAAACAUCUUCCACCUUGGACUCGUUCGUUACUGCAUCUUUCAAUAGGCAUAGCCGAGUACUGGGUCUGAGAUAUUAUCUGACAUGAACACUUGCAGGAUUACUGUAUUGGAUGAGUCGGGUU